CUCUCAAUCAGCAGCAGUUCCAUUUUUUCCAAAACUGGAGAAACUAAGCGUGAAGCAUUGUCCCGUACUGAAGACUCUAGAGACAUCCGCAAUAUCCUUCCAGAAUCUGACAGUUUUGACUGUAGGAUAUCUUGAUGAACUGGAAUAUUUAGUAACCCAUCAGAUUGCUUCAAGUUUAACGCAACUCACAACAUUGAAUAUCCGGCGUUGUGAAAGAAUGGAAGUAAUAGUACUGGCAACUAAGGAAGAUGAUCAUCAUGAGAUUGCUUUCUGCCAGUUGAAAUAUUUGAAACUCGAUUAUCUGCCACGUCUCCAAGGACUUUCCUCAGCAAGUUGCAAUCUCAAGUUCCCUUCGUUAGAAACUUUAACCAUAAGCAAGCGCCUCAAAUUGAAGCUUUUCUACCAAGAUGAAAUGCAGUGCACGAUAGAGUACGACAGCGAAGACACCGACACUGAUGAGGAUGCUUCUGCUGAUGACGACGACGAUGGUAGUGUCGACGACAAUGAGGUUAAUGACGAGAGUCAAGCUAAUAACAACAAGGAUGACGACGAUAGUGCUUAUCAUGAGAGCGCAUGCUGAUGACAGGAUCUUCUUGAUGGUCUAGUCUUCACUGUUGCUAGCUUCAGUCUCAGCCCAGAGGGCACGUACACCUAUUUAGCUGAGCCUUUGUCUGCCUGCUUAGAUAGAGAUGUUCAAGAUUAUGCAUGAGCUAUGAGUUGGGCCGAAUAUGAUUUGCGGGUAAAGUGUUUUCGAAGAAUGCCUGUUUCAUU